UGCUAUUGAUGCUGUGCUCACGAAUGUCGAAUUAUUUUUCUUGCCGCCAAACACUACUGCAAAGCUACAGCCACUCGAUGGUGGGAUCAUCCGAGCUUUCAAAGCUCAUUAUAAACGAAUGCAAUUUGACAAGACCUACCGUCAAAUAAGUAUGACACAAAUAGGUCGUCCAGAAGUCGUUGGUCCGCUUGAAAAAUUGUUCGAUGUCAGCCAGUUGCAAGCCAUGAGGUGGAUUAAAAAAGGCUGGGGCAAUAUAAAGCGAGAAACAAUUGUCAAUUGCUGGGAUGCUAGUAUUUAUCGAAUGACGGCGCAAGAGGACGACGCAUCACCUGAAGCAGUCAAUGCCAUUACGCAUCAAGACCUUUUCAUGCAGCAACAUUUACAACAACAAAUCGAACAAAUUGCGUCCAUUGGAAAUAUCAGCAUCGACAAAUGUCCAACAUCUGAAAUUGAUCCUGACCAUGAACGCCAGAUAAUCUAUGGCAAUUACAGUGACGAUGAAAUUAUAGAAUUAAUUACAGAGGACAUGCAACAAAUAUCUAUAAACGAAGAGUCUACAGCCACGGAAUCCGCCAACAAUCCAAGCACCAACAUUGUUAACUUGUCUGCAAGAGAAAAGGCAACGACCAUGCUUAACCUUUUUCAAAUUUUUGAUGCCGAAGAUAGUUUGGAUAAUGACAUUGUUGCUGCACUUACAGCACUUACAACCCUCCGUACCAAGCUUGUACCAGAAUUAUACAGCCAACAAUCCCGCUUGACGCGAUGUUUCUCUUCUUCCAAUAGAAAUUAACAUAUAAUAAAGGACAAAGCUGA